UCAAUCGAGUGAUUAUUUACCCGCGAUCGCUGGUUUGUCAAUGGGCCAACGCAGCUUAUUAGCAAUUCCGUUAGUUUUACAUAAUCACCUCGAGAUACAACAUUAACAGCUAUGAUUCAUUUGGAUACAGCCAUGGGUAGAACCACAAUGCAGGCCAGGGGAAGAUUCAAAAUUUCCCUGCUGUUUGUGGUCUUGAUCAUGUUCGUUUUGGCGACAUGUACAAUUUCAUAUUACUUGACAAGUUAUUACCAUGUAAAAUCUUCGCUAAUCGCAGGAGUCACAAAUGUGCAGAAGAGCCACUACAUAAAUAUUCAAACCUGGGAAGAUUUUUCACCUGUGAAAUCAACACGAAAAGUGAAAAGAAUUAUUUACAAUAGAGUAGGAAAAUGUGGAAGCCGCACCAUGAUACAGCUCAUGAUCAGUCUCACAGGAAAACUCAAUUAUACAGUGAUUGGAUCAACCAAGAAUAAUAUUCUACAUCUAAACCUGCGAGAACAGCUUGAAUUUGUGGACUAUAUAGAUCAUCUUCAGUCACCAGUCAUUUAUCAUCACCACAUACAUUUCGUCGACUUUAAGAGACAUUUGACGAAUGCGUCAAAAAUGAAAUGAAAGAAUGCGUCGAUCCUCAAAGGAUUUUGUACAUCAUUCCUUACUUUUGCGGCCAUGAAGCCUUCUGCAGGAGACCUACCGAACUAGCUCUUAGACAGGCCAAGAUAAACGUCAUUAAAAAUUAUCUGGUUGUGGGUGUUACUGAGGAGUUGGAAGAUUUUCUGUUUGUUCUUGAGAGACUUUUACCAGAAUUUUUCUCGGGUGUGUUAAACAUCUACAGGACUCCAGACGAUAACCUCAAUUCCAAGAUGACAUCAACUAAAACCGUGAAUAAGAUAGGACCUUCUCCAGAAGUACAACAAAUAAUGAAGAAACAUCUGCAAUUAGAAUACGACUUUUAUGAAUUUGUAAAGGAGAGAUUUCAUAGACUGAAAGCCGAACUCAGAUAACAAAACGACCUAGUUGUUGGAGGCAUGGUGCAUUUGUAUAUCAUCUAUGUAUUUCGGUGCUUGGUAAUUAUCAUCCAUCAGAGAGACGCAAAUCUUAUGACCCCUCAGACGACUGAUAUGGGAAAGAUGGUGCAGAAAGCUUCGAUUAAGAUUGUCCGAAAAAUGAACUAUGAGUUCGCCAAGAAGUUGAUCUUCAUGGACAUGGGAUAACCUGAAUUUUAAUUUGUAU